AUGGGCGAUUGUAGUUUAUCCACACCUUGGGUGGCGGACGAUUUUACGCCUUGCUUUCGAGAAGCCAUUGUCGAUAGUUUGAUUCCCAUUGCGUUAUUGUCAUGGUCCAUUGUCGCCGUUGGUUGGGCUUAUGUGCGCAAUCGUCGUGCAUCGUCGUCGAUCUAUAUGCCAUUGAAGAGCAAUGCUCCUGGAUACACUAGUUAUGGUGCAGCCAAUAUACCACAGCAGCAGAGUGACGACAAUGAUAGUGGAGAUGAUACAUCUUCUUCCUCUGAUCGUACGCUUACACCGGCUUAUGAAGAAAGCGCAGCACGAUGGACAACCUACAAUGUAUCUCGAGUGAUCGUCUCUGCAGUGCAAUUGGGCGUCUAUUUGAAUGCAUUGUCCCUGGUACUCGGCAAUAAUUAUGAUAUCGAUCCAUCCGUGGAAGGCACAAGCUCUGAUCUUACACUUGCACUUGGUGGCAAUACCAUUUUCUGGGCUAUCGCAUUAUUGCUUGCUGGCGUCAAUAUCAUCUUAUCGGGUUCAAGCAAACGCCCUGUUGCAUCAGAGAUUUGCAAGCAGCUCAAUUUCCUCUACACGGCUCAUUUCCUUAUCAAUUGUAUCGACCUAAGAUCGUUCUAUGUGCAACAUUACACAGACAUUGUAUCCCCAGGCUACGUGCGCGCUAUUACGACUGCAUGCAUUACGUUUGCUCUACUCGUCAUCGUUAUCAAUGAAGCACGUCACACUCCUCGACAAACUGUCAUUGCUGAUACCGGGCGUGUCAUGUCGGGAGAGAAUUGGGCAUCCAUCUACUCGCAAUACUUCUUUUGCUGGGUGCAUGAUAUGAUGAAGGAAGGCUAUCGUCGUACGUUGAAUGAGGAUGACUUGUACGAAUUGGUGCCUGAAAACCGAGCCAAGAGUAUCCUUGCAAGCUAUCGAUCCAACAAGUCGCAUUCGCUUUUGUGGGGCAUUUUCAAGACUUUCAAACAGCCAUUGAUGGCUCAAUUCCUAUACUGCUCAGUGUGGAAUAUUGGCAUGUUUGGACCUCCUCUUUUCCUCAACAAGAUUGUAAAGUACAUUGAGAAUCCGAAUUCAACCGAGCCAGCAUCAACAGCCUUUGUCUAUGUCUUGUUAUUGUUCAUCACGGGUGCCGUUCAGACACUUGCAGUUCAGCAAGCCCUCUACAUUGGACGUACUUUGGGUAUUCGUAUUCAAGCCAUUGUCAUUGGUGAAGUCUUUAGCAAAUCCCUAAGACGACGUGAUAAUUCUUCAUCGAUGAAGGAAGAGGAUGGACCCAAAAAGGAGGAGGAUGAUCAAAAGGAUGAUACCAAGGCCAAUGUGAACAAUUUGCUUUCUGUGGAUGCCCAAAAGCUUGGCGAGUUCAUUGCAUACAUCUUCUAUGUCUACUCGUACCCGAUCCAGAUUGUGGUCAGCAUUGCAUGCUUGUACCAGUUACUCGGUGUUGCAGCAUUAUGGGGUGUUUUGGUGAUGAUCUUGACUCAACCCGCUACGUUCUUUAUUGGUCGUCGUUUCCAAACGGCUCAACGUGCCGUCAUGUCUGCCACGGAUAAUCGACUCAAGAUGGUGAAUGAAUUGCUUUCUGCUAUUCGCAUUGUCAAGUUUUUUGCGUGGGAAAAGGAAUUCCGUAAACGGGUCUUGGAUGCUCGUGAUGUGGAACUCAAGGCGAUCCGUGCGCGUUUGUUUAUGUUUAUGCACAUGCUCAAUGCUUGGUUCAUGAUCCCUAUCCUUAUCAUGGUGACCGUCUUUUACGUUUACACGCGCACGUAUGAGUUAACGGCAUCAACGGCAUUCACUGCAUUGGCACUCUUCAACACAUUCCGUGCCGCUUUGGAUGAAUUCCCAAUGCUCAUUUCGCAAAUCCUUCAAGCCAAUGUCUCCGCCAAACGUAUCGACAACUUUUUGGAUGAGGAUGAAGUGGAUAUCCAUGCAACGGAUGCUGAAGCUGCUGCUGAUGGUGUUCAAAUUGGCUUUGUUGGCAAUGCUACCUUUAGCUGGGAUAAGCCCGAGUUAGGAAACAAUGCUUACGAAAAGGCAUCCAUCAAGGAUCUCAAUCUUUCUUUCCCACGCAACAAGCUUUCCAUUGUAUGUGGUCCCACAGGCUCCGGUAAAACCACUCUCUUGGCAAGUCUUUUAGGUGAAACCUACACCGUGUGUGGUAGUGCUCGUCUUACACGCACCAUCCCCAAUCGUCACAGCCCACUCGGUGGUGCCGUAUCCGGUGUUGCUUACGUGGCACAAACCGCUUGGCUUCAAAAUUGCAGCAUUCGUGACAAUAUUCUCUUUGGCUUGCCUUAUGAUGAAGAUCGUUACCUUCAGGUGCUUUAUAUGACCGCUCUUACUAAGGAUUUGGAGAUCCUCGAGUUUGGCGAUUCAACUGAAGUGGGUGAAAAGGGUAUCACCUUGAGUGGUGGUCAAAAGCAAAGAGUGGCUAUUGCUCGUGCUGUAUACUCGCAGGCUGAUACUGUUGUUUUGGAUGAUUGCUUGAGUGCUGUGGAUGCUCAUACAGCCAAACAUCUCUAUGAACAUUGCAUUACGGGUGACCUCAUGCGUGGCCGUACCAUUAUUUUGGUGACCCAUCAUGUUGGAUUGUGUAUCAAAGGUGCCUCAUAUGUGGUUGCACUAAAGGAUGGACGUGUUGCUGGUGCUGGUGAACCCCAAGCUGUGAUGCGAAGCGGUGUAUUGGGUGAAGAGCUCGCACGUGUUAGUGAAGAGCUUGCUGAAGCUGAAGAAUGCGCUGCUACCGAUGGACCUGUUCCUGUUGUUCCAAAGACAUUGAAAAAGUCUCAGCCUGAUGGCACUGGCAAAUUGACCCAAGAAGAAGUUCGUGCCGAGGGUGGCGUGACAUGGUCUGUUUAUGAAACCUACAUUCGUGCGUCUGGUGGAUACAUGUUUUGGGUAUUGGUCAUGUUCCUUUUCUGCUUGGCACAAGCUACCGUCCUCGGCCAAGAUUACUGGAUCAAGAUUUGGGCAGGCGCUUAUGCUGAAUCUCACCACAACAAUGAUGAUGCCAAUGGUACUACUACAGUGGGUUCGUUUGGUAUGGUCCACCUUGCUUCUGGUGAACCAGGUGCUUUCUCGAUCCAAUACAUCCAAUCGUACAACAACAAUGCGCCCCUACUUGAUUCCCAACAACGUGAUCAAAUUGAUAUCAAGUAUUACCUCGGCGUUUACUUUUUGAUUGGUCUCAUUGCUUUGGUUGUUACUUCAGCACGCUCGCUUAUCCUUUUCACUGGUUCUAUUCGCGCUUCUCGACGUUUGCAUGAACAAUUGCUUAAUCGUAUUCUUCGUGCCAAGGUGCGAUUUUUCGAUUCAACGCCUUUGGGUCGUAUUGUCAAUCGUUUCUCUUCUGAUAUGGGCACUGUGGAUCAAGACAUCUCGCCUUUGCUUUCGUUUUUGGUGUACUCGAUUGUGGCCACAUUGUGUGUGGUCAUUCUUAUCUCUACGGUGAUUCCUGGAUUUAUUAUUCCUGGCAUAUUGAUUGCAGCCAUGUAUUGGUUCAUUGGCGUAUACUACUUGGCUACUUCUCGUGAUAUGAAGCGGUUGAACUCCGUUUCACGUAGUCCCAUUUAUGUGCAAUUCAACGAAAGCGUCAACGGCGUGGUGACGAUUCGUGCAUUUGGUGCUCAAUUCCGAUUUUUGGCUGAGAAUCAUAAGCGUAUCGACAACAACAAUCGACCUUUCUUAUGGAUGUGGGCUACCAAUCGUUGGUUGCAUGCACGUGUUGAAGUCCUUGGUGCCUUUGUUGGCUUUGUCACUGGAUUGGUGCUUAUCAUGUCACGUGGAUGGGUGGAUGCUGGUCUUGCGGGAUUGUGUCUCAGCUAUUCGCUUACAUUUACUCAUCACGUCUUGUGGGUGGUGCGUACCUAUGCUAUGAAUGAGAUGAACAUGAAUGCCAUUGAACGUGUACAUGAGUAUUUGGAUAUUGAAGAAGAACCCCCUGUACAUAUUCCAGCCACAUGUCCUCCUCACAGCUGGCCCGAAACAGGUGCUAUCCAAGUCCGUGAUCUCGAAAUGCGAUAUACAUCCGAUGGUCCUGCCGUGUUACGCAACAUUAGCUUUGAGACGCGUCCACGUGAAAAAGUGGGUAUUGUUGGACGUACUGGUAGUGGCAAGUCUACCUUGACCUUGUCUCUUUUCCGAUUCAUGGAGCCUAGUGCUGGUCAAAUCAUUGUGGAUGGUGUUGAUAUCGGCAAGAUUGGUCUUGAAGAUUUGAGAUCACGUCUUACUAUUAUUCCCCAAGACCCAGUUUUAUUCUCUGGUACUUUGCGUACCAACCUGGAUCCUUUCAGUCAGCACGAUGAUGCCGAGUUAUGGGCAGCCUUGAAGCAAUCCCAUCUUAUCGACAAUGCCAGUGAAGAACAACAAAUCACCUUGGAUUCACCUGUACUUGAGAAUGGCAGCAAUUGGUCACAAGGUCAACGUCAGCUGAUUGCUUUGGCCCGUGCACUUGUCAAACGCUCCAAGCUUAUUAUCCUUGACGAGGCUACAUCAUCCGUUGAUUUUGACACGGAUCAUCAAAUCCAACAAACGAUUCGUGCCGAGUUUGGCGAAUCCUCCUUAUUGUGUAUCGCUCAUCGUAUUCGUACAGUGGCUGAUUAUGAUCGUAUCCUUGUACUUGAUCAAGGCCAAAUCAUGGAGUUUGAUACACCUUACAACCUCAUGCAUCGCGACAAUGGCAUCUUCAAACAAAUGUGCGAGCGUAGUGGCGAGUUUAAUGAAUUACUGGCCAUUGCCACCUCCAAACAUCUCAAAACCGCAAACACGCAUUAG